CUUAUUUCCCGCUGUCAGGAUGAGGAGGCGGAGGUCGGCGCUCGGGUCCGUCUCUGCCCGCGGCUGUGGCGGCGCCGACGGCUCCAGCCUUAGCGGUUCUUCCUUAGGUGGCGGCGGCGGCGGCUCGGUCGGCGUUUCUUCCGCCAGCUGAGUCCGCUGGAGCCCGGGUCGCCGCUUCUCCGCCCAUCCUCGCUCCCCGAGGCGGGCCGCCUGGUCAUGGCGCAGCCGGGCCCGGCUCCUCAGCCUGACGUUUCUCUUCAGCAACGGGUAGCAGAAUUGGAAAAAAUUAAUGCGGAAUUUUUGCGUGCACAGCAGCAGCUUGAGCAAGAAUUUAACCAAAAGAGAGCAAAAUUUAAGGAGUUAUAUUUGGCUAAAGAGGAGGAUUUGAAGAGACAAAAUGCAGUGUUACAAGCUGCACAAGAUGAUUUAGGACAUCUACGGACACAGCUGUGGGAAGCCCAAGCAGAGAUGGAGAAUAUUAAGGCCAUUGCCACAGUUUCUGAGAAUACCAAACAAGAAGCAAUAGAUGAAGUGAAAAGGCAGUGGAGAGAAGAAGUUGCUUCACUUCAGGCUGUUAUGAAAGAAACAGUUCGUGACUAUGAGCACCAGUUUCACCUUAGGCUGGAGCAGGAGCGAACACAGUGGGCACAGUAUCGAGAAUCUGCAGAGAGGGAAAUAGCUGAUUUAAGGAGAAGGCUGUCUGAAGGUCAAGAGGAGGAAAAUUUAGAAAAUGAAAUGAAAAAGGCCCAAGAAGAUGCUGAAAAACUUCGAUCUGUUGUGAUGCCGAUGGAAAAGGAAAUUGCAGCUUUGAAAGAUAAAUUGACAGAGGCUGAAGACAAGAUUAAAGAGCUGGAGGCCUCAAAGGUUAAAGAACUGAAUCAUUAUCUGGAAGCUGAGAAAUCUUGUAGGACUGAUCUAGAGAUGUAUGUAGCAGUUUUAAAUACUCAAAAAUCAGUUUUACAGGAGGAUGCUGAGAAACUGAGGAAAGAAUUACAUGAAGUUUGCCAUCUCUUGGAGCAAGAGCGACAACAGCACAACCAGUUAAAGCAUACGUGGCAGAAGGCCAAUGACCAAUUUUUGGAAUCUCAGCGUUUGCUAAUGAGGGACAUGCAGCGAAUGGAAAUUGUGCUAACUUCAGAACAGCUCCGGCAAGUUGAAGAACUGAAGAAGAAAGAUCAGGAGGAAGAUGAACAGCAAAGACUUAAUAAGAGAAAGGAUCAUAAAAAAACAGAAGUUGAGGAAGAAGUAAAAGUACCAGUAGUAUGUGCUUUAACUCAAGAAGAAAGUUCAGCCCAGUUAUCAAAUGAAGAGGAGCAUUUAGAUAGCACUCAUGGUUCAGUCCAUUCCUUAGAUGCAGACUUACUUUUGCCAUCUGGAGAUCCAUUCAGUAAAUCGGACAAUGACAUGUUUAAGGAUGGACUCAGGAGAGCACAGUCUACAGACAGUUUGGGAACCUCAAGCACACUGCAAUCCAAAGCUUUAGGCUAUAACUGCAAAGCAAAAUCUGCUGGAAACCUGGAUGAAUCGGAUUUUGGACCAUUGGUAGGAGCAGAUUCAGUGUCUGAAAACUUUGAUACUGCCUCCCUUGGGUCACUGCAAAUGCCAAGUGGGUUUAUGUUAACCAAAGAUCAAGAAAAAGCAAUCAAGGCAAUGACACCAGAACAAGAAGAGACAGCGUCUCUCCUCUCCAGUGUCACCCAGGGUAUGGAAAGUGCUUAUGUGUCCCCCAGUGGUUACCGCUUAGUCAGUGAGACGGAAUGGAAUCUCCUACAAAAAGAGGUACAUAAUGCUGGAAAUAAACUUGGUAGACGUUGUGAUAUGUGUUCUAAUUAUGAGAAACAGUUACAAGGAAUUCAGAUUCAGGAGGCUGAAACAAGAGAUCAGGUCAAAAAACUACAGGUGAUGCUAAGGCAGGCAAACGACCAGUUAGAGAAGACAAUGAAGGAUAAACAGGAACUGGAAGACUUUAUAAAGCAGAGCACUGAAGAUUCGAGUCACCAGAUAUCUGCACUUGUCCUGAAAGCCCAAGCAUCUGAGAUUUUGCUUGAAGAAUUACAACAGGGGUUUUCUCAAGCAAAGAGGGAUGUUCAGGAACAGAUGGCAGUGCUGAUGCAGUCACGAGAACAGGUUUCUGAAGAGCUGGUGAGGUUACAGAAAGAUAAUGACAGUCUUCAGGGUAAACAUAGCUUGCAUGUGUCAUUACAGCAAGCAGAAGACUUCAUUCUCCCAGAUGCUGUAGAGGCACUCCGGGAGUUGGUAUUAAAAUACCGUGAGAACAUUGUUAAUGUGCGGACAGCAGCUGACCACAUGGAAGAAAAGCUGAAGGCUGAAAUACUUUUUCUGAAAGAGCAGAUUCAAGCAGAACAGUGUUUAAAAGAAAAUCUUGAAGAAACUCUGCAGCUAGAAAUAGAAAACUGCAAGGAAGAAAUAGCCUCCAUUUCUAGCCUAAAAGCUGAAUUAGAAAGAAUAAAGGUAGAAAAAGGACAGCUGGAGGUGACAUUACAAGAGAAGUCUCAACAGCUUGAGAGCCUUCAGGAGAUGAAAAUCACUUUGGAAGAACAGUUAAAGAAAGAGACUGCUGCAAAGGCUACUGUUGAACAACUAAUGUUUGAAGAGAAGAACAAAGCCCAGAGAUUGCAGACAGAACUAGAUGUCAGUGAACAAGUUCAGAGAGAUUUUGUUAAGCUUUCUCAAACCCUUCAGGUGCAGUUAGAGCGGAUCCGGCAAGCAGACUCUUUGGAGAGAAUUCGGGCAAUUCUGAAUGAUACCAAACUGACAGAUAUUAACCAGCUCCCUGAAACAUGACACUCUGAUGGCAUGGCAUUAGCCUGCACUUUGGGUUUUUAACUCUUCUUUAGAACAACAUUAAUUAUUUAACUCUUAACUGAAGAAGUCACAACUACAAAAGACUGGAGACUUGUUUAUUUCUAGUGCGGGAGAAGACUGCAGCACAGGAACAGCAGUCAGUCAGGGUAAUUUGCAACAAAAAUACCUUUCGAGAGGAACACUCACAAGACUACAGACUUGAUUUCAGAUAAUGUGAUCUGAUUUGAUGAUGGAUCGAAUGCUGUUUCCUUGCCUGCUUUAUCCAACAUUUCCCUACCCUAAAGCAACAUCCCAAUAGUGUUUGAACUUAAAACUUCUGUUCAUAGAUAUUGGAAGAGAGAAUUUUUUCUGUUGACUAGAGUUUAUCAGUAACAGUAUUCGGCUAGCAGAGGUAUAGUAAGCUGUAUGAAUAUUUUAUAUUAAAAUAUGAAAGUCUGAGAUCAGGCCAAUGGCUAGUGACUGUCUUUUCUAUUUCAGUGGUUUGGCUUUUUUCCCACUAUUUUAUCUUGUGUUGGAAGCCCUUAAAUGCUACUGAAUCUUGCCUGAGAAUAAGAAGACAUCCACAGACAAGCAAUUUAAAAACUAAAUUAAGAAUCUGAAAAUUUGGUUUGGGCUCUUUGUACUGGAGUUAAAGGAAAAGCACAAGAAACUCUUUGCAAGCACUUUUUCGGCUACCUGGAUGACUUUUGUGGGCUCCCAGGUACCAUGGUCAAGUUGAACUGGUACCACCCACCUAUUUGAAAACCUCAAUUAUGGAUCAGUGGAGGGGAGGAAGGUGGUACAAGUUGUCUAAUAACAUCUAGUAUAAAUUCACAAGUCUACUUAUUUUCAAACUCCUGUAAUGGGUCUGAGUACAGAUUGUUUCAAAAGUACCAAACAUAAAAUUGGUAAUAACUAGGUUUGAAAGAUACCCACUUUGCAUUUUCCCUUUAUAAUUUAUUCUUGGAGUUUGUUAAUUCUUAUGGUGAAAUUGGGGAAAACUUGGUUGUUAUAUUCAUCAGCUUGGAAAUAUGCUUUGUUAUUUCUGUGAGUAGAAUGAAAUUCCUAUGUGAAGAAAGCUUCAACUAAUUAUUUUUGCCUUAUGAAGUUUUGCAGAAAGCACAAGGACUGGAUGGGUUCACAUUCACUACCUGCUGCAGACUAGCCAAUAGAAAGCUACAUUGUAAUUCAUAUAGGUGGUUCUAAAGUAAAAUUGUUGGUAUCAAAUUCUGUGUGGCUGGUAUUACAUUACAGCAGUGUACUUGAAGGUAUUUUUAUGGAAUUAAGUAUAGAUAAGUUGUCCCACUUAAAGCCACCAUCAAUGACUUAAAAAUUCUUUGUUACAAAUGAAGUUAUACAAAGUUAGUUUUAUUCCAUAGAACAGUGGGUUACUGUUGUAGUCUUGAGUCAUAAUUAUGAAUUUAAAAGCAAAACUGAUUAUGGAAAAUAGUAUUAUGGCUUAUUAUCAUGCAUGAGAUAUUUAAAUUGGCUUAAAAUCCCUUUGUAUUAAGUGUUUCUUGAUUUAGAUAAAGGAAUCAUGUUCUUUGAGUUACAGGAUAUUAAUUCCAAAAUACAAUCAAUUUUAAUGAUGUAAGCAGUAGAACUAACUCCUUAUCUCCCAAGCAAGUUUGUUCCAGGUUAUUAAAACUGGUUGUCAGGUCAGGAUAUAUAUUCAUUCUCUUCCUAAACUAACUAGCUCAGCUCCCAGGGAACUGAUCUGUUUAGGUAACUUGCAGAUGUUUUUCUUUAAAAGACGGUACUAUAUCAAUAAAAUCAUGAUUAAAGGAUAAUUAAAUCUGUUCUUAUUACCUGGCAGAUGGAAACUGAUGGACCCACUCUGUUGAGAAAAAUAUCCUAGAUAGAAACAAAUUAAGACUGAGUUUUGUUAACCUAUUUUUGAUAUGAACCAAACUAUUGAUAGUCUCCUGGUAGAAACAAUUACUUUAACUGAGUUUUCUGUGUAAGUGGAAAACUGAUAGAUACAGAAGGCAGAUGAAUUAGCACUUCUAGAUAAAACAACAGUUGGGUUUCAUGAGAGUUUCUUUGCUUGUUAGCCAUUAAACAUGUUCUCACGCAUGUCUAAUCUCAUUUACCUCUUACCUGUUAUCUACCUAACCAUGUGGCUUUUAGUUGGUCUUUUAACAUUUAUAGACAGGUUCAUAUUACCUUUCAGAACUCAUUGGCAGGUAAAAGGCAUGGCUCCAUGGUAAAUGCAUAUUUUACAUAUAUGUAAUGAGUAUGAAACCAGCACUGCAAGAAAUAAUUUUGAGGGGUGCGGAGGUUUGGAGCUACUCCUGGCUCUUCUCAGAAGUGACCUGCCUGGCAGUGCUUGGGAAUAGGUGGUGCUGUGAUUCAAGCUAGGGCCAACGCAUGCAAGGAAAGCACCUUACCAUCUGUACUCAGCCCUUGUACUCUUCCCCCAAUUUUUUUUUUUAAAGCUACAUAAAACUAGUUGAGAACAAAAUCAUAUGCUAAUACCAAGCUAUUUCUUUCUUUCUCCCUCUGAGGUCUUAUAUACACCCACUAAAUUAUACUUUAGGAACUAAGGACAGAGCCAAACUCAGAUCUGAAAGGUAAUACUGCCUGUUGAAUAAGUGAUCUAGGAGUAGGCCUUGCAACUAUGGUUCUCUGUCCCAAAAAAUUUCAAAUGUAAAUGUUUAACUGAACUGAGGAGUGUCCUUCAGAAGAAAGUGUUCAAAUUAAAAUAAGCUGCUGCCUAGUA